CGGCGCGGCGCGGGGAGGGCUGGGCGGGAGCUGUCUGUCUUCGCAGGAGCCUCCCGGAGCUGGGCAGACCCAGACUGAGCCUCGCGGCGGCGGCGGCAGCAGCAGCAACAGGCUGCGGGCUCGGCGGGUCGGAGCCGGCGGGCGGAGGGUGGGCGCGGCGAGGGGAGGCGGUGAAGGGGCAGCAGCCGCCGCCGCCGCCGCCGCCUCCGCCUCCGCCUCGGCCGCCGCCGCCGUUGCCUUAUGGACGAGCAUCUCAGCCUCCUGCACUCGCCUCCGCCGCCCUCCGCCCGCCACCGCGCCCACCCCUCGGCUCAGCCCCAGCCUCAGCCCCCGGCGGGCGGCGGCGGCGGAGCCCACACCCUAGUCAACCCCGGCUACACCGAGCCCGCCGCGGGGGCCGCCGCCGGCCCCGAGCUGCCGCCGGGCAUGACCGUGGUGCCGGGGGACCACCUGCUGGAGCCCGAGGCCGGCGGCCCGCAGCCGGGGGGCUGCGGCGGCGGCUGUGACCGUGACCGUGACCGCUACGAGCCGCUCCCGCCCGCCGGGCCGCCCGCCGGGGCGGGCGCGGGCGGGGAGCAGGACUGCUGCGGGGAGCGGGUGGUGAUCAACAUCUCCGGGCUGCGCUUCGAGACGCAACUGAAGACCCUGUGCCAGUUCCCCGAGACGCUGCUGGGAGACCCCAAGCGACGCAUGAGGUACUUCGAUCCGCUCCGCAAUGAGUACUUCUUCGACCGCAACCGGCCCAGCUUCGACGCCAUCCUCUACUACUACCAGUCCGGGGGCCGCAUCCGGCGGCCCGUCAAUGUGCCCAUCGACAUCUUCUCCGAGGAGAUCCGCUUCUACCAGCUGGGUGAGGAGGCCAUGGAGAAGUUCCGAGAGGACGAGGGCUUCCUCCGGGAGGAGGAGCGGCCCCUGCCCCGCCGCGACUUCCAGCGCCAGGUGUGGCUGCUCUUCGAGUAUCCCGAGAGCUCGGGGCCCGCGCGGGGCAUAGCCAUCGUGUCGGUGCUCGUCAUCCUCAUCUCCAUCGUCAUCUUCUGCCUGGAGACGCUGCCCGAAUUCCGCGACGAGAAGGACUACCCGGUGUCCUUGUCUCCCGACCCUCUGGAAGCAGCCACCAACAGCACGUCGGGCUCCCCAGCAGGCGCCUCCAGCUUCUCGGACCCAUUCUUUGUGGUGGAAACCCUUUGCAUCAUCUGGUUCUCCUUUGAGCUGCUGGUGCGUUUUUUCGCCUGCCCGAGUAAGGCCACCUUCUCCCGCAACAUCAUGAACCUGAUUGACAUCGUGGCCAUCAUUCCCUACUUCAUCACCCUGGGCACCGAGCUGGCCGAGAGGCAGGGAAAUGGACAGCAGGCCAUGUCUUUGGCCAUCCUGAGGGUCAUCCGGCUGGUGCGGGUCUUCCGCAUCUUCAAACUCUCCCGCCACUCCAAGGGGCUGCAGAUCCUGGGGCAGACCCUGAAGGCCUCCAUGAGGGAGCUGGGGCUGCUCAUCUUCUUCCUCUUCAUCGGGGUCAUCCUCUUCUCUAGCGCUGUCUACUUUGCGGAGGCGGACGACCCCACUUCUGGGUUCAGCAGUAUUCCCGAUGCCUUCUGGUGGGCAGUGGUGACCAUGACCACCGUAGGUUAUGGGGAUAUGCACCCGGUGACCAUCGGGGGCAAGAUCGUGGGAUCGCUGUGUGCCAUCGCCGGUGUCCUGACGAUUGCCUUGCCGGUGCCCGUGAUCGUUUCCAAUUUCAACUACUUCUACCACCGAGAGACGGAGGGUGAAGAGCAAGCCCAGUAUAUGCACGUGGGGAGCUGCCAGCAUCUGUCCUCUUCAGUUGAAGAGCUAAGGAAAGCUCGGAGUAAUUCAACUCUGAGUAAGUCAGAAUACAUGGUGAUCGAGGAGGCGGGUAUGAACCAUAGCACCUUCCCCCCAGCCCCUUUCAAAACGGGCAACUCCACGGCCACCUGCACCACGAACAAUAAUCCCAACUCGUGUGUCAACAUCAAAAAGAUAUUCACCGAUGUUUAAUACAUGAUACAAGUGACAUGCUAUGCUUAGUAUUGUGUGGAACGUGCCCCAUUGGUCUGUGUAUGCCCUAGUUUUUAUACAUUUCCAGACCAUUCAUCCAGAGAAGAAAAUGGAAAACACACUUCCUUCAUCCACCCCGCCCCUGUCCCAUGUUGCUUCGUACCAAAACAGGUGUCUUUUGCAAUUGGGCUGCGUUUCCUCUGCUCCCCCCACCCUCUCCCUUUUUUUCUUUUAAUCCUGCAAAUAGCGGAAAUGCUGUUUGUGACUUUUAGUUCUGGUUUCUAAUAUGCUCUAAAACAAUGAAACGUGUAGGUGGGGAGGGGAAUUAAAAGUGCUUUUAGGGUAACUGGUUUAACUACAUAAUUAAAGGCAGUUUUUUGGUUUUGUUUUUGUUUUUUUGCCAGUCUGUGGGAGGACCUUCUAGCAUUGUUUAUUGUGCUUGUAGGUGCAUUGCCUAGCCUAAGGGAUCGAUCGCUUAAAUCCUAGUUAGUGCAACGAUUUGUAAAUCCAUUGUAAAUUUAUUCAGUUUAUAUCUGAACUCUCCGAGAAAUCCCCUUCUCCAGAAUUACAUAUUUCUGAAGAAAAUGCCUUUUUCAACUCAAGAUUGAAUGAUUUGACUAACUCUAAUUUAACCCUGUGGACUGCUUAAGUAUUUGGAAAGCGUUAGAUUUAACAUUAAAUCAUUGUGAAGAAGUUAUGUGCACGCCCCCCAGCCAAAACCAAUCAUAGUCUAGAAACAGUGAUGUUUUCAAUGCUGCCGAGAGAAACGAAAGAUUUUUUUUUUCCUAAUGCAUCUGAGAGAUAAGCUUCUGCAAUAUCACAAGAAGAUUAAAGUGACAGACACCCCUUCCAGCGGAAGUUACUAAUUCGGACCUGAGUGAUGCAGUUCCCAUAGCAACCGUCGUUUCCUGGGAAACCCGAAAAAGGUUGUCAUGGCAUCUCUUUCUAGCCCCACCCCCUGCUUCCCCUUGCUGUUUCCACAGUAACCUUUUCCAGAUGGUUCCUACUUACAUGAUUUCACAGGAAAACCGCUGUUUGAGUAAACCGCACAAAGAAAGUUAAUCUUAGAUAAUCUGAGGUGUGGGUAUAAGCAAUCAUCAAACUUUUUACAUGAAAAAAACAAUCCCUGGAAUCAUCCAAGUGUUCACUGAAUCAAGAAAGAAAAUUACCAUCUUCGGAAUGUUAGCUAUGUAAGCCACGGUGAGACAUGUCCUGAAUCAAACACUUGUUAAUAGGCAAUAAAUUUAAAAGACACUGCUUCCAGUUUUCCCUCCUCAAGAAAUUUCGGGCAGAUAAAUGAAAUUGGAGAGCAGAUUUCAUUGUGUCCAAUACUUAUAUCAAAUUAAAGAUUCAAUUAGAGCACCUUAAAGAACUUUAUAAUGACUCCAGAGUCCUCUUACAAAAGAAAUUACUCAGACCCCCAACAACAAUUAACACUGUCUGAGCUGCACAACCCUGGAAGAGCUAGCCAAACCUUUAAAAUGCAAAACAUUCACGUUUUAAUGGGGAAAAAUUAAAGACAAUUGAUAAAGAGGAGGGACAGGAAGUAACCAAACCUUGAGGAAAAUACCUGCCUGUUUCAACUACAAGCCAGGGGUUGCCAGACAGCAGAUAGAAUCAGAUAUCUGAAGAAGCCUCACAUAAGAGCUGUAGAACUGUACUGUGAACAGUAAGAUAUUCAUUUUUUUUUCAUCACAUAAAUCAAGAAUGCAAUGACUGUGAUGGAUGGAUAUCUGCCUGCUUGCACACGUUUUUGUUUUUAUUGGCAUAAAACAAUUUUAUAAUUUACCUGAGUUUCCUAAUAAGUGCAUUAUGUAGAGGGAACAGCCCUGAACCUGGAGGAUUAUCUUCAAAUCAUGUGCAAUAUAAGAGACUGAUGAAAGACAAGAAAGAAAAAAUAUUAUUUUUUACAUCAUUUCAAACUUUUGAAUACUUGGUGAAAUAUAAGCAUUCAGAAACUGAAAAAAAAAAGUGCUGCUAAUAAAGAAAGCCUAAAUGUUUGGUUUAAAAAGAACAACUGUUACUAUUUUCUUUCAUAAUAAACCUAAGUAUUGUCUUCAGUGCUAAGAUAUUAAUGUUAUGUUCUAUUUUCUAUGUACAAUUUUAUUUAUAAAAGUAUGUAUUAACCAAAGGUUCUCUUAUUUUUAGUAAUCCAAUUUCCAUAAAGAAAUAGUAAAGUCUAUACUGUGCUCAGAAUAAGGGCAUUAAGGACAGACCUGCCUAAAAGAAAUGUGCCUUGCUUUAUGAAGCAAACUCUGUAUAUUCAGUUUUUUUAUUUAAAACAAUAAAUUCACAAAUUAAUCUUGUCUUAAUUUUGGACUCCAGUUUAGAUAUUAAUUGUGCUAAACCUUAUGAAAGCAUGUAUAGUAUUUACUAUGCUUUUCAUCUUGACUAAAAAGAAUAAUAUUUAGUUAUAAUUUAAAAUAAUUAAAUACUUAAUAUCAGUUGCUCAACUGUUAUUUUCCAUAGGAUGUUGGAAAUGGAACUUUUGAGACAGAAGUAAAUGCAGUAUUUCACCUCUCUUUAAGAGUACUUUAAAAGUAUACCUGGGAAAAUUUAAUUUUUAACAUUCUUACUUUCUGUUCUUACAGUUUUUUAAGAAAUGAUUUUUUUUUUUUUGCAAAGAGGAGGCAAAGCUUUGUUUGAAUAAGGAUGACAGGUAAUUGUAAAGUCGUUUCUCUUUUUGUGGCAGUUCACUUCUGGACCAUCCUUACAUGUUCACUGUGACAUUUCAGCAAAAUAGUAGCCAUUUGUACAUUAUUUUAUAGGCCUUAUAGAAAGUCUAUGUCUAUGUAAUAUAAAGAAAUCUAUUUCCUCUUGCCCAUAAUUUUUUUUCAAACAUAUCUAGGUACCCAUAUAAAUAUAUUCAUUUUUUGUUAUCUAAAUGGCACAUAAACUCACUUUUUAAAAUGUACAGAACUAGAAAAUGUUUAUUUUGGCUUGAAAAAUCGAGGCUUCAUUUAUAGUUCCUUUUGAUUUCCUUUAGAAAGAACUAUAAUUGCAAAAUUUAACUGUUAAAACAGUUGCUAAAUUUGUUAAAGUCCUGUUAGUUUUACAGAAUCUGAAAUAAAAAUCACUUGACUUAUAGAAGCUAUCUUAGAUGGUGCAGUUGAAACUGAAAUAGAUGAUUUAAAGCAACCAUAAGCCCACUAACAGGAAAAAUCAAGUGUAAAAUGGAGAUGACCCAAGCAUGUGAUUUUGUGCAGUCUCUUCAUGUCCUUACAUGUGGGAAAACCCACUGAAAUAGCUGAUCAUCUCUUUCAGGGCAAUAGUUUGAGCCUAGAUGAGCAUGAGAAAGUUUUUAAAAAGACUGAUAAUUUCUGGCAAUUUUAGUGUAGAGGGCUAUACUCUUUGAGGCAUUUAAUAUUUAAGUGAAUUUCACUUUUUUUCUCCCCUUCAUUAUAUGAUUGUUGGCCAUUAUAAUUCAUGACUUAGACAGAGGCACAGCCAGUUGGUCCCAGCUAUCUUCGGAUGGUAACAUGGGAAUAAUGAAAAGAAUACCUGGUACAGAGUCAACUAGCCCAGAUUAAAAUCCUGUCCCUGUUAUUUAUUUCAUCUGUGUGAUCUUGGAUACUUCACUUAUGAAAUAGCAAACGUCAGUUUCUUCAUGAGUAAAAUGGGGCUUCUGACAUUUUCAUUACUGACUUACUGGGUUGUUGCAUUAGUGUUCUGUAAACUUUGAAGUAUUAAGUAAGUACAAGCUGGGAUUCUUACUGGCCAUCACAAAGUAAUCAAUUAUGUAACUCUCCACAUUAACUGGUAAGGAAAUGAACAAACCAUUUAUACCAUGAUAUAGACUUGUCCUCAAACUGACAGACAGGUAAAGAUACCUAUAUCUAGAUCUCCAUCUCCAUCUAUAUCUAUCUCCAUUUCCUUGUCUAUGUAGAUAUCUAUAGCAAUAUAUCAGUUCAUCUACAUCUAUCUGUAUUUGUAGCCGUGUCUACAUGUAGGUCUAUGAAGACCUCUAUGUAGACAUCUAUGUAGGUAAAUAUACAUAUAGACAUCAAUAUGGAUGAAGAUCCAUAAGUAGAGGUCCAAAAAUUACCUCAAAUAUAGAUAAAGCAUUGUCAGAGUAACCUUAUAAUAUUCUUGUCUGAAAAACAGUAUCAUGUUUCUGAAGAAAUUCAAGCCUUAUCUAAAUUAUCCUUAAUUUUUCUUUGGAAACAGAAGGUUUACUAUGUAAAUCAAACAAUUCGCUGAACUUCCUUAUAAACAUUUAAUUCAUUUAAUGUAUUAAUAUGUAAUAGAACAAGUAUUUGCCAACAUAUCUGAUGAUAAAAUCAAUAUAAUUGGCAUGAGAAGGAGCAGCCCAAAGAAAGAGAAUGAGAAGGGACUUGGGAAACAAAGGGGCUAUGAGAAGAAAGAUGGUUCCAUAUCCUUUCAGUGAAUAAGAAGUGCAGAAGAUGAAAAGAUGGUCAGGAUUAUUUUAAAAGAGAAAGCAAAGAGCCUUGGGAAUUCCUUUGUUUAAGGCAUUUCUUGGAUAAAUAGAUAGGGUAGGAUUUAAAUAAAGUUAGAUAAAGGAUUAUUCCUACAAUGAGACAAAUGAGGACAUUUUUCACUUAUAUUGAUUGUUAACUCAAUUUUGAAAGACAUUUAGGUGAGCCCUAAUGGAUAACAAAAUCAAAUGGAUGAAUUUUUGGAGUGUAGUGCUUUCAUAUGAAGGCAUCUGAUAGGUUAGAAUUCUGAACAUAUUAUUGGGGUCUAAAUGUGUAACACCUGUAUGCUUGUAGUUCUUUCUGCAUCAAAUAAUAAUGAUGAUGAUGAGAUAGCAUUUCUGCAGCACUUAAAUGAAUUCGAAACACUUUUCUCAGAAUAACCUGUGAGACAACUAGGCUAAAUACAUAUUAUUGAGCCAAUGUAGUCAUAGAACUCCUUGUUCUCAGUCCCUUGACCUCAAGCUCAAUUCAACACCUGUAGAUAAAAAGCACUAUCUCCUCCCUUAUCACAGAACCCUGGAGUGGGGGGAGCCGAGAUGCAGUUUCCAAAUCCUAUAUGAUCUCCAUCUCAUUGUGCCAUGGUUGCCUCUCAUUUGGAAAAUAGGGAGGUAUCUGUAGAUCUCUAAGAUGAGCUUCCGAAGGUCAACAAAAAGGAACAAAUAAUUAAUACCAGCUUAGUAAGCUCUUACAGCAAACAUAUCACAUAGUGGCCUAACCUGUGUGACUUCAGGCAAGUCACAUAGCCUCAAUCGAUUUCCAUUUCUUCCUCUAUAAAACAAUAGAUCUAAAUCAUUGUUCUUGGGUGUCCCUAGCAGCUUUAGGAUUCACUCUAAUAAUUCCAGAAGUUUGCAAUGCCCUGAAAAACAAUUUUGUCAAUAAUUUCUUAUGUAUUUUUGAAAUCUUAAGAUUCAAAUUAAAGAAAAAUUGAAAAAAAACAUAAAGUAUUGGGAUGUAGAAUUUCAAAUUUGUAGAAAGGAUAGAAAUUCUUCUUAACUUUUUUUAAUCUUCUAUGACUGACCUACAUAGCAGAAAAGGGAAGUGGGAAGUAGUUGGACCACUGAUUUCAUGAAAAUAGAGAACUCUCCAGUGAGGAAAUUCCCUCCACUAAGUCAAUACUCCCUUAGCAAUUUUCAUGACCUAAAAAAAAUAUUUCACUUAAUAUCAAGAAAAUGAAGAUGGGAUUUCUUAUUUGGUUUAGUUCAGUUACAUGUUAAGGUACUUUAAAAUCCCUAUGUGAAACACAAAAGAUUUGCUAGUGAAAAUAUAAAUGAAUUAUGCUUUAGGCAAGCCAAAAUAUUAUAUUCAAGAAGACAAACCAGGGAAUUGUUAUGGAUUCUUUCCUUUAUGUAAGAUUUACCUUACGCUAUCUUGAUUCAAUUUACACACAGGUCUAUUCAGAGAAUUAUCAUUAUCUCCAUUUUCAUUAUAUUAUCUCUCUCACUACAAGGGUUUCAUAAAUGCUUUAUAUCAUCUAUAACUUGACUGACAACUUUUUUAAGUUUUAGAAUUAAAACACAUUAGAAAUUUUAAUAUUCAUAUUCUUAUUUCAAAAAAAUUUGGCAACCAUGAUACUUAGUGGUUCUAGUGUUUAAAGAAAAAUGAAAUAAGACUUAGUUGAAUUUUGGACAUUCUUAUGUCACCUUACUAAAAUAAGCACAAAUAUCUGUAUCAAAUAUCAAAUAUAUAAUUUAUACAUUUUUAUAACUUUAUCAUUGAAUAUUGAUUUAAAUAUGCAUAUAAAAUAUUUAUUUAUACACUACCUUAAGCCUACUCUUUGACCAGUCAUAUACUCUUAAGACUUUACCAGACCUAAAGUAAAUAUAUUUUUAAAAUAGAAUUAGUUGAUCAGGCACAUUUUUGCCAUAUAUAAAUAAUGAACAUUCUUUUGGUCCUAGUAACGGAUAUCAUGAAUUUUUAAGUAAUCAUGCGCAUUUUAUAAAGUCUUUUGACUCUAUCAAAGGAGACCUGAUUUAUGACCAUGCUCAUGAAAUAUAGGUAUAUCGUGGACCAAAUUGUGGUCAAGACUGAUACCAAUUUAUUUAGAGUAACCAGUGGUAAGAAGAAGGGACAUAAAUGUAUAUGUUGACUUUGCACAAUUAUGUAAUUAAUUAGCUACACUGUUAAUUGCCAACAACCUUUUCUGAAAGCUAGCCUUGUACUGUAGAAAUAAUUUAGAAUUAUUGAAUGAUGUUAUUGAUAACAUCAUUGAAGUAAUUUAAAUAAAUGAUCAAUUAGUUUGAAUAAUUCAAGAAAGAUCUUGGAUUGUGAUAUUUAUCAGGAGUUUAUGUAAUUUCAUUCUAUCCCCACCAUUCAAUAAAAAAGGAGGCAAAUUUCAGUCACUGACUUUAAACCUCUAUCACAACUGGAAAUGUGUUUUUAACAGAGUGAUUCACUUAAAAAAGAUCAUUUAGUCUGGCAAGUUUGAGUUCAUGAAUAAUUUUUUUUUUCCUUUUCAGGUAUGGCUUUGUGCUCCUUGUGUACUAAUGUUACUGAACUUUGUUCAUUCAUAAUAGAGUUAGUGAAUUAUGCCAGAUUUUGAUCCUAGUACAUUGUAUUCCUACUGUUCUAGCCAAAAUUUGUGGUGCUUCUCAUAUUGAAGCUUAACUCAUAUUAAUGUUUUCACAGUCUUGUUUCUAAUGCUGAAUUAGGGGGAGUUUUGUGAAUUUAUUUAAAGCUAAUUGUCAUUGUAGUUUUCUAAAUAGACAUAAAAUCUUGUAAUGCUGAAUUUCAGACUAAUGUUAUCUUUGUGUAACCAUAAUCUAGUUCAGAGUAUUGCCUUGUGAAUUUUAACCGUAUUGUGUAGUUUAUAUAUUAGAAUUGCCACACAAAAUAUUGUCUUUGACAGAAACUGAUAUAAAGGAAAGCAAAUUAAGUUUGUACAACAAAUAUGUCUAUGUAAAAUGCUUUCAACUGAAUAAAAGAGAAAUUAGCCAACAGUUCCUUUUUAAAGGCCUAUGCCAAUAAAUGCAGCAUAGAGGAGGGCAUAUGCAUGUAAUUUACAUAGAUUAGAAUAACAAAUAUAUUGCUUCCAUACUAGAACUUUUUUCUUUUGAGAUGACCACUGUUACUCUUCUUGAACUUUGAUAGAAUUUUUGUCAGACAUUCAAAAAGCAACCACCUUUGAAGUUUCUUUCUUUCUUUCUUUCUUUCUUUUUUUAGACACAGGAUUUUAUUGAUGCUAUUUUUCUUAAUUUUGAGAAGAUUUUUUUUUCUGCUAAAUUACAGUAUUAAGUUGAACCACAAUGGAAAAAAAAUCUUUGUGUCUAUAUAUCCUUAUUAUGGUAAAUGAAUUUGAUGUUUUAUAUCUAUUUUUAAAAAUCCAUCUUAAUAACUGAUUUCUGCACAGUGAAAAAGAUCAGUUUUGCCAUCAAUUCCAUUCAGACAUUAUUAUGCCUAGAUGACUUUUCAAUCUAAUAUUUUCCAUCACAUAUAUUUUUCAAGCUGUGCAGAGAAAAAAAAUAACUUUCUCAUAUUGUUUUCUAUGUAAUAAUAACUAGUUAUACUGCAUCAUAUUGAAAAUCUGGUUAAACCUUUGUUGCACAUAGAGCAAAUCAUAGAAAAUUUCCCCCCAAAUUUAUCCCCUUUCCUCACAUUAGAAGUUUUAAAAAUCAAUUUAAUCUUUAAAAAUAUAACUCAGAUUAACUCAUUAAACUUUAUUGCUAAUCAAAUCAGUAAUAUGUACUAAAAUAUCAAAUUAUUUAAUUUUACUGGUUUUACCUUAGACCACUUAUUUAAUUUCUUAGUGUUCUAAACAAUUAUCUAAAACUAUAAAUUUCAGGUAGAGUGUCAACCUGCUUUGGUAGGAGAAGUUACCUGACCUGGGUGUUUUUCUUUGCCAAUUAAAUGAGAUUUAAUGUGUAUCACUAUCCUUUAUUCAUGUGAACAUAUUCAUGGAACACUCCACAUUUCUUCUAACUGUUCAUAUAAAAUGCAGAGCCAAAGGUGUUAUUUCAACCUUAUUAACACAACCCUUUUUUUUUUUUUUGGUUAAUGAUGAGGUUUUACGAUCACUCAUAUUAAAAAUGUAGCCCAUUGAAUUGUUAAAUGAUGUUGUUCAAUAUAAUUGAAGAUGUUUUGCUUGUAUAUUAUUAUAAUUCUCUAGAAUAAUUGAUUUGCAUCAGCAUUGCUUUCCCUUUGUGAAUCAACGAUCUAUGAUAUAUGCUGUACUUUUAAUGGCUAGUAAUGUAACGUUACUGUGAAUAUUUUAAUGGAACAUGCAUAUUAGCUGAAAUUUCAAAUUUUCAACUCGAUUUCAUUUUAUUUUAUUUCAUUGGCCAACAUAGGUCAGCUACAUAAAUACUAUUUUUUAGAAUGAAUAACAUUCAGUUUUUGAGUAAUAACCAUAAUCAAUAUAUUCUAAAUUAAGGUAUAAUACCAAAUAUAUACCAGAUAUAUCAUUGCCAAGUUUAUGAUUUCCAUUUUAAAAAUUUAAUUAUACUUAUGUCUCAUAUGAUGUAAAGUAAAAAUGAGAUCUUACUUUCUGCUCAUUAAUUUCAAUUCCAUGAUGACUUGCCUUUUUUGUUAAUUAAUAGUAAAUAUAAGUGAGUUUUGAUUGUGUGGUUUUCAAAAUCUGAUCAAGUUUCUUUUGGUUUUCAUUGAAAUUUUGAAAUGUUAAGUUAUUUCAUAUGCAGAAUUCAAUAAAAUAGCAGAAAUA